AUGGAGGAGUCCGGGGAGGCGAGCAUCGGGCCCUUCAGGAUCGGCCCGUCGACGCUCUUCGGCCGGGGCGCCGCGCUCCGCGUGCUCCUGCUCAGCUCGCUCUGGCGUCUGCGUGCCCGCGCGCGCACCGCGACGCGCGCCGCGCUCUCGCGUGCGCGCGGGGCCGCGCUGCCCAUGGCCGCGUCCUGGCUGCACCUCAGGAACACCCACGGCGUCCUCCUCGCGGUCGUGCUCCUCGGGCUGCUCCUCAGGAAGCUCUCCGGGGCGCGCUCGCGGCUGGCGCUGGCGCGCCGGCGUCAGCUCUGCAAGAGCGCGAUGCGGUACGCGGGGACGUACGAGGAGUGGGUGCGCGCCGCCAAGGUGCUCGACAGAAUGUCCGACCAGGUCAAUGAGUCGGACUUCUACGACGUUGAGCUCAUCGGGAGCAGGCUCGACGAGCUCCGGCGGCGGAGGGAGGAGGGAUCGCUCCGGGACGUGGUCUUCUGCAUGCGCGGCGAUCUCGUCAGGAACUUGGGGAACAUGUGUAAUCCUGAGCUGCACAAAGGCAGGUUGGAGGUGCCUAGACUUAUAAAAGAUUUCAUUGAUGAGGUUUCAACUCAAUUGAAAAUGGUUUGUGAAUCCGAUACGGAUGAGUUACUUUUGGAGGAGAAGCUUGCCUUUGUUCAGGAAACCAGACACGCCUUUGGAAGGACUGCACUACUCUUAAGUGGGGGUGCUUCACUAGGUUCCUUCCAUGUAGGUGUAGUGAAAACUUUGGUUGAACAUAAGCUUCUGCCUCGGAUAGUCGCAGGAUCAAGUGUUGGUUCCAUUAUAUGCUCAAUUGUCGCUACCCGGACAUGGCCUGAGAUUGAGAGCUUCUUCAUAGACUCGUUACAGAUCUUGAAGUUCUUUGAUAGGAUAGGUGGAGUUUUUGCUGUGACGAAACGGGUUAUGACUUAUGGUGCACUUCAUGACAUUAGCCAGAUGCAAAGGCUUUUGAGGGAUCUCACAAGUAACUUAACAUUUCAAGAGGCUUAUGACAUAACUGGCCGUGUUCUUGGGGUCACUGUUUGCUCUCCUAGAAAAAAUGAGCCACCGCGCUGCCUCAACUACCUGACAUCACCACAUGUUGUCAUUUGGAGUGCUGUAACUGCCUCUUGUGCAUUCCCGGGCCUCUUUGAAGCUCAGGAGCUGAUGGCAAAGGAUAGAUUUGGCCACAUAGUACCCUUCCAUGCGCCCUUUGCCACAGAUCCAGAACAAGGUCCUGGAGCAUCAAAGCGCCGGUGGAGGGACGGAAGUCUGGAGAUGGAUUUGCCAAUGAUGCAACUGAAGGAGUUGUUCAAUGUAAAUCAUUUCAUUGUGAGCCAAACUAAUCCUCACAUCUCUCCACUCCUCCGAAUGAAGGAGAUCGUCAGAGCUUAUGGAGGCCGCUUUGCCGGAAAGCUCGCUCGACUUGCUGAGAUGGAGGUGAAGUAUCGAUGUAACCAAGUUCUAGAAAUUGGCCUCCCACUGGGAGGGCUUGCAAAGUUGUUUGCUCAGGAUUGGGAGGGUGAUGUCACCAUGGUUAUGCCAGCAACAGUAGCUCAGUACUUGAAGAUUAUACAAAACCCGACAUAUCCAGAACUCCAAAUGGCUGCCAACCAGGGUCGCAGGUGCACAUGGGAGAAGAUCUCUGCGAUCAGAGCAAACUGUGCAAUUGAACUUGCAUUGGAUGAAUCCAUAGCAGCCCUCAACCACAAACGAAGGCUAAUAAGAAGCAUUGAAAGGGCAGCAGCUUCUUCCCAGGGAUAUACCGACAAUGUUCGAGUCAAAACACCAAGGAGGGUACCAUCAUGGAGCUGCAUCAGUCGAGAGAAUUCGUCAGGAUCUCUCUCGGAAGAUCACUUCGCGGCCGCUAUUUCAUCCAAUCACCAAGGUACUAUUCGAGUCGAUGGUGCGCCAAGCACGUCUCAUCAUGUUCGUCAGAUGUCACAUGAUGGAAGUGAGAGCGAAUCAGAGACCAUCGACUUAAACUCAUGGACCAGGAGUGGUGGGCCUCUGAUGAGGACUUCAUCAGCUGACCAGUUCAUCAACUUUAUCCAGAAUCUCGAGAUUGAGUCCGAGUUCGAUGGGGUUCAUACAAUAGAGGGUGGCAAUGCAGGUAUUUUCACAGGACCCACAUUUCCUAGAGAUCCAUAUCCAACCAACAUUUCUAGAGCUACUACACCAGAUGGUCCAGAUAGAUGCACAGAGGUUUCUGAAACAGAGUCAUGCAACAAUAGCAAUACCAGCAUUGCUGUGUCUGAAGGAGAUCUGCUGCAACCUGGAAGGGCCACCAACGGGAUUCUACUUAAUUUUGUCAGAAGAGAAGAUCUGAUUGCUCGGCAUAACGGCGAUGCUGAUGUGGCCAAGAGCUCCUUACCCGAAGCAUAUGUGGACAGAACACAUUCAGAAUCGGGUGACGCCAUCUCAGCUGCUUCUAACAGCUCUGAAGAUAACAAAGAUGUCGCUGACUUGGACAAUCCCUUGGUUUCUCAUUCAGAUUUUGUAACUCCGCCUCAACCCUCGGUUGAUGAUAACAAAGACGCUAGGCUAGAUAUUGAAUAA